AUGGAUCAAAGCAGUGAUGGAACUGUGAAGAAGAUUAGCAAUGUAAAUCUUGACAAACUUAUAGAUGAUUUCUCACAGAUAGAAAAGAAAAUGAUAGAAACUGUUGGAAAGAACAACCUUCUGGAUAUUCAGCUGGAAAAGACUAACAGUUUAUUAAAGAUAAUGCAAACAAGAGAGACCACAAUAAAAGAAGAAUGUACUACUCUUCAUACUUUGAUAAAAGGGCUACAACAAACUAUACACUAUCAACACAAUUUGAAAGAUGAAAAUGAACAACAAAAAAGAAAUGUUGAUUUUAUGAAGGAGAAGUUAAAAUCUCAUGAGCAGGAAUAUAAGAAUAAUAUUGCCAAACUUAGAAGUGAAAUGAAAAUCAAAGAGGAAGAACAUAAAAUCAAAAUGAGCAAACUUUAUCAGGAUAUGCAGAAACAAGUUGAAUUAAAUGAAGAAAAGCACAAAGAACUAAUGGCAAAGAAGGAGAUGGAAAUAUCAGAAUUAAAUACAAAAUUGAGAACUCAAGAGAAGGAAAAGCAAAAUGAAAUACUGAGACUACAUCUAGAAUUUGACACCAAACUAGCAAGAGCUCAGACUAAAUCAAAAUCAUAUCCAGAUGCUACUAUUUUGCCACAAAGUAUCUACAGAAGGAAACUUCAGCAUCUUCAAGAGGAAAAGAGCAAGGAGAUUGCGAGUCUCCAGAAUACUAUCCGAGACCUGGAACAGCGCCUUGCAGCUGUCAAAGACUCCCGCUUCACACGGAGACGAUUCUAAGCAGAGCACUUAAUUUAUUUGCUACAACUUAAUUUCCUUAAAGGCUUUAAAAAUUCACUUGUGUUUUCAAUGUGAGUGUGAUAACAAU